AUGUCAGCGGUGCCCUUCUUGUUAGCUGUGUGGCUGCUUCUACUGCCUAUGUUGCUACAAGUUUGUGGGAAGCCAGCUCAACGAAUUAUUGGGGGCCAACCAGCUCCCUCUGAUGGGUUGUCAUGGCCCUGGCAAGUCAGCAUUUUAUAUCGGGACCAACCUAUUUGUGGAGGCGCGCUCAUAGCCGAGAAGUGGGUCCUGUCGGCAGCUCACUGCUUCCCUAACAUCAAGAUCCAAACUACCCAUUCUGAUGUGGUGCUGGGUGCCUAUCAGCUCCUGAACAUUUCAAGUAACACAGUAACAUCUGAUAUCCAACAGAUUAUCCUCCACCCCAACUAUGACAGUGAUAGAUCCAGAGGGGAUAUUGCUUUAGUAGAGCUGAAGUCCCCUGUGAGUUUCACCGGCCACAUUCUCCCCAUCUGCUUGCCAGAGACCUCUGCACAGUUCUCAGCGGAAGAAAGCUGCUAUGUGACUGGAUGGGGAGAUAUUCAACCUGGAGUGCCAUUGCCACCCCCACUAACCCUCCAGGAAGUGAAAGUGCCACUCAUAGACCGAGAAAAAUGCAAUUCUCUCUUCAACGCUGCCCAACAUGAACUACCACUCCUUAAUCCGGUCGACCCUGGUAUGAUCUGUGCUGGGUACCAAGAAGGUGGCAAAGAUUCCUGCCAGGGUGACUCCGGGGGACCCUUGGCUUGCCCAUGUGAUGGACAUUGGGUCCUGGCUGGGGUUGUGAGCUGGGGAAUAGGCUGUGGCCGCCCUGGUCUCCCUGGUGUCUAUUCUUCAACCCCUUUUUAUGCCACUUGGAUUUCCCAGCAUGUACCCAAUAUGACCUUUGUGAUGUGUAGGAACGGUGGGGUGAAUGGCAGAGAACAGAAUUCCCCUGCUGUGACACUCCUCCUAGUGUUUCUUGCAUUGACCCUUCUGUGCUACACGUUCAAAAGCAGCUAUGGUGAUGGAAGACAGAGUGGGCAGCCGAUAAAUGCUCCACGAAUAGUUGGGGGCCAACCAGCCUCUGAUGGGUCGUGGCCCUGGCAAGUCAGCAUUUCACUGUUUUCUUAUCCUAUUUGUGGAGGCUCCCUCAUAGCUGAGCAGUGGGUCCUGACAGCAGCUCACUGCUUCUUCUAUGGAGUCGGGCCCAUGUUCCAAUACAAUGUCUUCCUAGGUGCCCAUCAGCUCUCAAACCUCUCUGAUAAUGCUGUAGCAUCUGCUGCGGAACAGAUUAUCCUCCAUCCUGACUACAAUGGCGACGUUGGCUACACUGCAGAUAUUGCUUUAAUCAAGCUGAAGUCGCCUGUGAACUUCACUGACUACAUCCUCCCCAUCCGCCUGCCAGGGUCCUCUACACGCUUCUCUUCAGGAGAAUACUGCUGGGUAACUGGAUGGGGAGAUAUUCAAACUGGAGUGCCUUUACCUGCCCCACAAACUCUCCAGCAAGUGAAGGUGCCGCUCAUAAGCCGAGAAGUCUGCAAUGCUCUCUUUAACAGUGUCUCAGAGCAGGGCUUAAGCAAGGAUCCUGUCAAGCAGGAUAUGAUCUGUGCUGGUUACCCAGAAGGUGGGAAAGAUUCCUGCCAGGGUGACUCCGGGGGACCCUUAGUUUGCCAGCUCAAAGAAAGUUGGAUGCAGGCUGGGGUUGUGAGCUGGGGAAGGGGCUGUGCCCAACCCGCCCGCCCAGGUGUCUACAUUUCAGUGCCUUUCUAUGCCAACUGGAUCCAAGAGAGAAUACAGGGUAGAAAUGGGGGUGGUGGGGGAAUUGGCGGGCUACCCAAUGUUGUGACAUUCACCUCAGUGGCGUUUGUACUGGCCUAUUUGUGA